AUGGUCACAGAGCCGAAAGUCCUCGGCAGCCGCCUCGCCGGGAAAGUCGCCAUCGUGACGGGCGGCGGCAGCGGCUUCGGCGAAGGCAUCGCCAAGCUCUUCGCCGAGGAAGGCUGUAGAGUAGUCGUCGCCGACAUAGACCCUGUGGGUGGGGAGCGCGUCGCCGCCUACCACCCGAGGAGCAUGUAUUUCAUCAAGAUGGAUGUUGCGCGCGAGGAGGACUGGGAGAAUCUCAUUGAGAACACGCUCGACAAGUUCGGCCGGUUGGACAUUUGCGUUAAUAAUGCGGGCACGAGCUAUAGGAACAAGCCGUCACUGGAGGUUAUUGAGGAUGAAUUCGACAAGGUAUUCAGUGUGAACGUGAAGAGCAUCUUCCAUUGCUCCCGACAUUUUAUCCCCAAUCUCAUCAACCAGGGCGAAGGCGGGUCCAUGAUCAACAUUGCAUCCAUCGGAACCGUCAGGCCUCGCCCCGGCCUCGUCUGGUACAAUGCCAGCAAGGCCGCCGUGACGAACGCGACCAAAGGCCUCGCUGCGGAAUACGGCGAGAAGAACAUCCGCAUCAACUCUGUCUGCCCCCUUCUCAGCGGCACUGGCCUCUUCGAGACGUUUGUCGGCGUGCCGCACACGGAAGAGAACGUGAAGAAAUUCGUAUCUAAUGUCCCACUUGGGCGGCUGACCCAGCCUUCAGACGUUGCCAAUUACUGCCUCUUCCUGGCAAGCGACGAAGCGAAGUUUAUCACCGGCACUUGUUUGGAGAUUGAUGGUGGACGAGCUAUUUGA